GCCGCUGGACAUGGCGCCGGCGCAGCCCCGCCUCGCUGCGCCGGGCGGGAAACGCGGCCGGGCGGCUGAGGGCAGCGCCAUGGAGGCGGCAGACGGGGACGAGCGGCUCCUGCUCACCCAGAGGCUGAAGGCUGCGGUUCACUACACGGUUGGCUGCUUGUGCCAGGAGGUUGCAGAAGACAAAGACAUGCAGUUCAGCAAACAAGCCAUUGCCGCUAUUUCAGAGAUCACCUUCAGGCAGUGUGAGACAUUUGCAAAAGACCUCGAAAUGUUUGCAAGGCAUGCAAAAAGAAGCACAAUCACUACAGAUGAUGUGAAGCUUCUGGCCAGAAGGAGCAAUUCUUUGCUGAAUUACAUCACCCAGAAGAGUGAAGAGAUAACAUCCAAUAACAUGGAGCAAAAGGAGAAGAAGAAAAAGAAGUCCAGUGCAGCUAAGGGAGGGAAAACCUCUGAGGAGCAAGAAGCAGCUGUGACUGAAAGUGAAGAUCCCAACAUGUCAUGAUUUAGCUUUCAAGUAACAUCUCUGGUCAUUUUCUCUUCCUAUCCUGGAGGAACUGAAGUUGGCCUAGUAGAGAUUCCUUCUGCAGGUCAGCAACAGUAACGACUUCUCAGGGCUUUAGGUGAACAUGAUUAGCUGCAUUUUCUUUGUUCCAAAAACUCUGUUAGAAUUCAGUAAAGCUUAUGGCCCAAACUCCCUAAGUGCUCACAAAAGGUAUUUUACUGUUAUUAAAAAGAAAAGCCUUAAAAUAAAGAGUUUAAAGCAGAA